AUGGCUUUGAACGCCUCCCAAGCCGCCACCGCCGAACUUCAAGCCGCUUCCUCCAACUUCGGCCUCCUCGCCCGUGUGCUGCUUGGGACGGUGAAGGUCAUUCCCGGCGUGCUCUACUGGAUCAUCACCUUCACCACCAUCACCCUGCCGACAUGGAUCUUCACCCUGGCCUCGAUGAGCUUAACCGUCACCAUGAACGCGACUACGCUACUGUUGCUGUUCCUGGCCGUUGGCUCCACCGUCAGCUGGUUCGUUCGCUAUCGCUUUCUGAACAUGUACACUCGCUUGCCUCCGGAGCCGCAGCGCGAAGAGCCCCACGUCGAAGUUUUCCCCGACACUCAGGAGGGCGAUUCCAAGCGCGGUCUGUCCAACUAUCUUGAUGAGUUUCUCAGUGCCAUCAAGGUUUUUGGCUACCUCGAGCGGCCCGUCUUCCACGAAUUAACUCGUACCAUGCAAACUCGCAAGCUGAUAGCCGGCGAAACGUUGCUGCUGGAGGAGGAAAAGGGCUUCUGUCUGGUUGUUGAUGGCUUGGUUCAGAUCUUUGUGAAAUCCAACCGUGAUGACACCGUCCUUGACUCGGGCGUCUCGGAAUCCAGCUCUGAUGAUGAAGACGGGGACACUCGUGGACAUCAGCAGGGUUACCAGCUCCUGACCGAGGUCACGAAUGGCGCCCCUAUGUCAUCUCUCUUCUCGAUCCUGUCCCUGUUCACUGAGGACAUCAAGCUCCGUCAUGAUGAGGAUCAAGGCAUAGACUCUGCUCCGCCUACUGCUGGAGGCCCUCGCCUUCAGCGUGCAGACUCGCAGCCCUUCACCGGCACACUCACUCCCCAGUCCGAAAACUUCACCAACAGUCCGCAACAGAUGCCUCCGAUGUCUCCCAGAUCUGAGCUUAGCGACGCUCGUCGUGCUUCUACCAUAGCCAGUCCUACUGCCGGCGGCCGGCUCCCCCGAGUGCCUUCUCUUUCUCUUGAUACUGAUCAAGCCCAUGGACUCGAUCAGAGCACGGCUUCCCGUAAAGCUAGCGAGUCCAAGCCGAGAAAGCAACCCAAGUCUGCUCAUCCUGAUAUUGUUGCAAGAGCUACCGUUGAUACUACCAUUGCCAUCAUCCCGGCUACUGCUUUCAAGCGCUUGACGCGUAUCUAUCCAAGAGCAACUGCACAUAUCAUACAAGUCAUUCUCACUAGGCUUCAACGUGUCACUCUGUCAACCGGUCAUGCUUAUCUGGGACUGACCAGUGAAGUGCUUCGCAUUGAACGUCUGAUGAACAAAUACACAACCUACGAUCUUCCGGGAUUUCUCAGAGAUGCGGCCCUUCAGAGGCUGAAAGACAAAUUUUUAAAGGAACGAGAACGCAUAGGUGACGAAGACGGAAUGAAAGGAAUUGCUCUUCACAACCCCGCUACUCAUCGGAAAAGGUCCGGAAGUGGUUUGAGGAGAGAAGUGCAUACUCGACUAGCUCCAGUUCGUCCGACUUCUGCAGCACCGACCGAGCCAGCUCCUAGGAGAAGUGCUACCAUGAACCCUCAAGCUUCACAAGAGAACGUUAGCGCCGGUGACUUGUUGACGAACCAUCAUGUGCCACGAAAUAGCCGUGGACGUCUGGGUAGUUUCUCUCAACCAUUCACUCCGCCUCCUCUUAGGCGCGAUGGGCGUACUCCCUUGGAUUCCGGGUCAUUCAACCCGUUUGCUUACACCAGUGCCCGCAUUCCUCUUCAACGACAAGAAUCCAUGGAUGAAGAUGCUUUCUUCCGUGAAUCCGUCCUCGACUGCAUGUUGAAGGCUAUUGGAUUGACCAACACCCGGAACGUUGUCCCCAAGACGGAUUCUGUGGAACAAUCCCCUCGACUUGUUUCAUUCGACUCCAAGCGUCAAAAAGCGGUCUUUAGCAAUGCCUUCGGAUUCCUCGACCCUUUUGAAGGAUCUGUCGAUGCAGACACGGAAUCAGUUGCCUCUGUUCCUCUUUCCGCUAUCAGUGCCACCAACAGCAGAAGCAUUCAUGAGGAACUGGUCAACGACGUUGAAAUCGUCUUUUUCCCCAAGGGUUCGGUUUUGGUUGAGCAGGGCGAACGCAAUCCAGGUCUUUACUACGUAAUUGAUGGGUUCUUGGACGUGGGCAUGCCGGUUGAUGAAAAGGAAGGCGAUUCUGAUUCCCGAGGCAUGUUCCCUAACGACCACACCUCCGGACUGGACAUUGGGGACCUGUUUGGCACCAACCUACACAAGACUCCAACUAAUUCCACUCUCGGUGGCACCACGCGUGAGGCUGGAAAAAAGAAGAAGCAACACCGCAAAAGCCUGUUCCUCACAAAGCCUGGCGGUCUGGCGGGGUACUUGGGCACCGUCUCUUCUUACAGGUCUUUUAUCGAUGUUGUCGCCAAGACCGAUGUCUACGUUGGGUUCUUGCCGCGCGCUUCCAUUGAAAGGAUCGCAGACAGGUAUCCGGUCGUGUUGUUGACCAUGGCCAAACGCUUAACGACUCUCCUUCCGCGUAUGAUCCUGCACAUUGACUUUGCUCUGGAAUGGGUUCAAGUCAACACAGGACAGAUCAUCUACAACCAAGGCGAUGAAAGCGAUUCGAUCUACAUCGUCUUGAAUGGUCGUCUGCGUGCAAUUCAAGAUACGCAAGAUCAGGGAAUGAAGGUCGUUGGCGAGUACGGUCAGGGAGACAGUGUCGGAGAGCUUGAAGUCUUGACGGAAUCAACAAGGCCUGCGUCGCUGCAUGCUAUCCGCGAUACCGAAGUUGCCAAAUUUCCAAAGACCCUGUUCAACAGUCUUGCUCUCGAGCAUCCCGGAAUUACCAUCAAAAUCUCGAAGAUCAUCGCCAGCCGCAUGCGGUCGUUAAUGGAGAUGCCACUGCACGACGCAGCAGCUGAACGCACGUCCGCUGUCAAGAACAAUGUCUCGUCUACCGCCAACCUGAGAACAGUUGCGGUUCUUCCCGUUACUGGAGGAGUACCUGUGGUGGAAUUCGCCAGCAGACUUGUCAAUGCUCUUCACCAGACCGGUUUACCCAACAGGGUUGUGUCGCUCAACCAAGCUGCCAUCUUGAAUCAUCUUGGAAGACAUGCAUUCAGCCGCAUGGGUAAACUCAAGCUGUCACAGUAUCUUGCCGACCUUGAGGAAAAAUACAGCAUGGUUCUUUACGUGGCCGACACCAAUGUCAAAUCUCCAUGGACGCAGACUUGCAUCUCUCAGGCGGAUUGCAUCCUCAUUGUCGGUCUUGCAGAAGGUUCGCCAACAAUUGGCGAGUAUGAGCGCUUCCUCUUGACUACGAAGUCCACGGCAAGAAAGGAGCUUGUUCUCCUUCAUUCAGAGCGCUACUGUCGACCUGGCCUGACGCGCAAAUGGCUUCGUAACCGCAUGUGGAUCAACGGCAGUCAUCACCACAUCCAGAUGUCCUUCCGCACCGCCCCUGAACCCAUCCAUCCUACCCACCGAAGAUUUGGUACCGCGCUCAAACACCGCGUCCAAGUGUUGCAGGCUGAGAUCCAGAAGUACACGUCAAGACGUGUGCGCCAAACUCCCCUUUACUCUGCCGACACCCAUCACAAAGGCGACUUUCACAGACUUGCCCGCCGUCUAUGUGGAAAAUCUGUCGGAUUGGUUCUUGGAGGUGGUGGCGCCAGAGGUAUCGCGCACAUCGGUGUUAUUAGAGCAAUGGAGGAAGCUGGGAUCCCCAUCGACAUUGUCGGGGGUACCUCGAUCGGCAGCUUUGUCGGUGCACUCUAUGCCUGGGAUGCGGAUGUUGUUCCCAUGUAUGGCCGGGUCAAGAAGUUUGCAGGGCGCAUGGCCAGCAUGUGGCGGUUCGCCUUGGAUCUGACAUAUCCAUCCGCCUCGUACACCACUGGCCACGAAUUCAACCGCGGAAUAUUCAAGACAUUUGGAAACUCGCAGAUUGAGGAUUUCUGGCUGGAGUACUACUGCAACACGACUAAUAUCUCACGCUCGCGCGAGGAAAUCCACACCUCUGGUUACGUAUGGCGGUACGUCCGCGCAUCGAUGAGUUUGGCAGGUCUCGUCCCCCCGCUCUGUGACGAGGGCAACAUGCUUGUCGACGGCGGCUACGUCGACAACCUUACCGUCGCACACAUGAAGCAGAUGGGCGCCGACACCAUCUUCGCCGUCGACGUCGGCUCGCUUGACGACGACACGCCCCAGCAGUUCGGCGACAGUCUCUCUGGCUUCUGGGCCCUCCUCAACCGCUGGAACCCCUUCAGUGCCCACCCCAAUCCGCCCACCCUUAGCGAGAUCCAGGCCCGUCUGGCAUACGUCAGCAGUGUUGACGCUCUCGAGCGCGCCAAGAGUAUCAAGGGCUGUCGCUACAUGCGGCCCCCGAUUGACGCAUACGGCACGCUCGAAUUUGGCAAGUUCGACGAGAUUCACGACGUUGGGUACAAGUUCGGCAAAGAGUUCCUCGCCAAACUACGCGAAGAAGGCGAGCUCGGCGGCGUCGAGGAGGGCGAGAAGGAGCGCCAGCUGCGCAGAACCAUGGCCCCUCGGAGAGCCAGUAUCUAG